AUGUGUGAAAGAGAUUGGUGCACUCAUCCCCGUCACAAGGCCGCUGGCUUCCCUGAAUGCAUCAAGGGUGAUUGGACCUCGCUGGACUUGGCGGUUUGCGAGGAAGCUCCCUGCAUGGGUGUGCCAAAGGUGGCUCACGCCAAGGACACCACAGCUUGUGCAAAUCGGCAGUCUGGCCAGAUUUGCCCCAUCGAGUGCCAGGAAGGCUUUCAGUUGCUCACCGAGCUUCGCUGCUACAAGGGUGUGUGGCUGCCAACAGAGUGCGUGGCAUUUUGUUCAGCUCCCACAGAGGCCAUUGGUGGCGCCAUCAGCUUGAAGCAUUGUGCUGGCACUCCGGUGGGCAAGACCUGUGCGGUGGUUUGCCAGCCAGGGCUGCAUCCCGCAGGGCGCAUUGAAUGCUUGCCCGGAGGUCGCUGGAGCGAGUCCAGCUGCUUCGACCCUGCGGAGGAGCUCCUGCAUGAGGUGCUGCUGCGAGUAGAGGCCGAGGGUUUGGAAGACUUCCGCGACUUCUCGGAGGCCAACGAUGCUGAAGCCUUCGAGGUGGCGUGCGCGGCCUUUGAGAGGGUCCUGGCCGAGGAUUUGAAGGUGCCGAUCAGCCUAUUCUCUUCCAAUCUCACUGAAGACUCAGAGACUGGCCGUCAUCUCUAUUGGCUGGAGGUGAAAGUCUUGUGUAGUGAGAUCCAGGAGGUCAAGCCGCUGGUGGUCCGUGACGAUGCCAUGCCUGGCUUUGAGAUCUCUGGCUUGAGGGAGUUCUCGGAUUGUGACAAGAAGCUUCAGCAGCUCAAUCGGUCAAUUCACACACUGCAGGCAGAGACUUACCGCUCACAGCUUUGCAGCAGGCUAUGCAAGGAGAUCGAGGAGAUGAGCUGUGUGCCGGAGUGCGGUGACAGCGUCGUGGGCUUUAAUCUUUAUCCAAAGAGCUUGCAAAUGCAAGUGCUGGAGGAGGAAUCAAUCCGAGGCCUCAACCUGACCUCCAUUCAGAAAGCAUAUUUGAUCUGA